ACUCUGUUUUCUCCUGUAAGAGAGAGAUAGAGAGAGAGAGAGAGAUGAUGACGAUGGAGGAGCAGAGUUUAGACUAUGUGCUGGUGCCCUUGGGCAUGUUGGUGAUGGGAUUAUACCAUUCUUGGCUUCUUUUCACCAUUCUCAGAUACCCUCGCCGCACUGUCAUUGGCAUCAAUGCUGAUUCCCGUCAUCAAUGGGUCCUUUCUAUUAUGACUGAUCCCCUGAAGAAUGGAGUUUUGGCGGUUCAAACAAUACGUAACAACAUAAUGGCAUCUACACUUUUAGCAACAACAGCAAUCACUCUCAGCUCAUUGAUCAGUGUGUUUGUAAGCAGCACAUCAAACUCCGGGAACACAGCCUCACAACUAGUAUAUGGAAAUAAGAACUCCAUUGUUUCCUCAAUUAAGUACUUCUCUAUUCUGCUAUGCUUCCUUGUCGCCUUUCUUUGCAAUGUGCAGUCAAUUAGAUACUAUGCUCAUGUUAGUUUCUUGGCUACUGUACCUACAUCAGUAGGCAAAAAGGAUUCCAUUGAGUAUGUUGCCAGAAACUUGAAUAGAGGAAGUUUCUUCUGGUCCCUUGGUUUACGCGCUUUCUAUCUGUCGUUCCCUCUGUUUCUAUGGAUCUUCGGGCCAAUACCCAUGUUUGUGUGCUGCUGCACGAUGUCAUUUAUUCUUUAUUUCUUAGACACGACUACUAGCUUUACCCGGCAUCUGCACACUAAGUUAUACAGAGAAGAAAUGAAAACUGAUGAUGUAGAAUCAGCUGUUUGAUCUUCCUAAGCGCCAUCGAGGAUCAAAUUUACCGACUCAGUUGCUGUAAGUUCUCUGAACAAACAUAUUGUAGUAUUAACGUCUGCUUAAACUCUGAUUAGGAGAUCUUCUGUGUGUGUUAGUCUAAACUGCUAGUGGGGUUCACAUGAAAUCCUAUUUAUUUAUAUUAUGGGUUAAUGCAGAUUCAGCGUAGGCAAGAAUUAGGC